AUGAGGUUGAAAUACGAUGGUAACAAUAGAUUGGCAUGUACUUCAAAUGAUAAUGGGUUUAGACAGCAGUGGACACCUAGAUGCGAUAAUUGGCAGAGGUUUCAAGGAAACAAUUAUGAUUCACGUUAUCGUAACAAUUUCAAUCCGCGGUAUCAAAAUAACUUUAAUCAUAGAUAUCAAUAUAAUGACAGAGCGCCAAGAUCGAGAUUCAAUAAUGAUAAUUAUAACGAUAGGCGUAAUUAUGACAGAUACAAUGAUAGAAAUAAUAAUGAUUCAAGAUACAGACCAAGAUAUAAUCAGAAUUACGAUCAAAGUUAUAAUCGUAACUACAAACAGAAUUGCAACCAAAACUACAAUCAAUCGUAUAAUAAUAACAGAUACCGAAAUAAUGACAAUAACCAACGGCGAUACUCAAAUAAAGUAAAUACGGUCAAUAUAGAAGAAAUAAAGGAAAUAAAGGAUGUAAAUUGUGAUAAAAUUGAAAAAGAAGAAUAUAGUCUUUUUAAUGUGGAUAUAAAUAAUCUUGAUGAUGAUAAUAACAAAGCAUAUGACGCAUAUAAAAUCACGAUGCACCUUAAUGAUGUGCCAAUUGAAUUACAGAUAGACACGGGGUCAAGAUUCACAAUACUACCAAUAAGUGUUGCAAGAAAAAUUGGUAUUAAAACAUUAAAGAAAUCGGAAACAAAACUUACGGGCUAUGAUGGGAGAAUUAUAAAGGUGUUGGGCACCAUUGACAUCAAGGCAAAAUAUGGAAACAAGACAGAGAUCUUGAACAUACAUGUAGGCAGAGCAAUAAAAUACCGCUGUUAG